UUUCCAGGAAGCAAAUGUGGCCCAAGUGCAAGGCACACGUUGCUGAAGUUAAUGGAGGGAGUAUAAGGAUGUACUCUCCGUUGCCUUAGGACACCUGCAGAGGAUUAAGAGGGCUGUUUCUCUCUGUGGAGUGGUUGGGUCACUGCACAGGAACCUAUAGUUGUUAGUCUUUUAAACUCUUAUUGGUUUAACCAGCCACGGAACUCUGAGGCAAGGGGUUGGGGGUGGGAAGGGAAACAGAGAAAAGGCAAGUGAAAGAGAAGGGGAGGUGCAGUUUCAGAACCCGGCCCGCCUUGCUCCUGCUGCCUAGCCUCCCACCAGCCUCAUCUUCGCCCAGCCGACCCCUCCUGGAGCCCUAUGGCCAACUGUGAGUUCAGGCCGGUGUCUGGGGACAAACCCUGCUGCCGGCUCUCUAGGAAAGCCCAGCUCUGUCUUGGCGUCGGUCUCCUGGUCCUGACCCUCGUCGUGGUGGUCGCGGUGGUCGUCCCGAGGUGGCACCAGGAGUCCCAGCGCUCGCAGUGGGGAGGGCGGGGCACCACCCACCGCUUUCCCGAGAUCGUCCAGGAGCGAUGUGUCAAUUACACUCAAACCCUCCAUCCUGAGAUGAGAUAUGUAGACUGUCAAAAUGUAUGGGAUGCAUUCAAGGGUGCAUUUAUUUCAAAACAUCCUUGCAACAUCACAGAAGAAGACUAUCAGCCACUACUGAAGCUGGGAAAGCAGACAGUACCUUGCAACAAGACUCUUCUUUGGAGCAGAAUAAAAGAUCUGGCUCAUCAGUACACACGAGUCCAUCGGGACAUGUUCACCCUGGAGGACACGCUGCUAGGCUACCUUGCUGAUGACCUCACAUGGUGUGGAGAAUUCCAGACUUCUGAAUUAAACUAUCGAUCUUGCCCAGACUGGAGAAAAGACUGCAGCAACAACUCUGUUUCAGUAUUCUGGAAAACGGUUUCCCGCAGGUUUGCAGAAACUGCUUGUGGUGUGGUCCAUGUGAUGCUCAAUGGGUCCCGCAGUAAAAUCUUUGACAAAAACAGCACUUUUGGGAGUGUGGAAGUCUAUAGUUUGCAACCAGAGAAGGUUCACACACUAGAGGCCUGGGUGAUGCAUGAUGGAAGAGGAGAUUCCAGAGACUUAUGCCAGGAUCCCUCCAUAAAAGAGCUGGAAUUGAUUAUAAGCAAAAGGAACAUUACAUUUUUCUGCAAGAAUAUCUACAGACCUGCCAAGUUUCUUCAGUGUGUGAAAAAUCCUGAGGACUCAUCUUGCAUAUCUGAGAUCUGAGCCAGUCGCUGUGGUGUUUUACCUCCUUGACUCCUUGUAGUUUAUGUCAACAUACGUGACUCAGCAGACUUGCUGGUGCAGGGCCGAAGAUUUUGGAGGGUCCUUCACAAUAAGGUCAACGCCAGAGAUAGAAGCCUUUCCCCCCAAAGUCUUAAAAUAACUUACAUCAUCAGCAUAGCUUUUAUUGUGAUCUAUCAAUAGUCAAGAAAAAUUAUGGUAUAAAAUUAAAAUGAAAGUUUUAUAUUAAUCCUUUUUACUGAAAAAUGACCACACCAAACCUCUCUUAUUAGAACAGGCAAGUGAAGAAAAUGAAUGCUCAAGUUUUCAGAAAGCAUUACAUUUCCAAAUGAAUGGCCUUGUUGCAUGAUGUAUUUCUGUGCCCUUCUUUUUCCCCUGUAGUUCUAACGUGGGUAUCUUUGCCAUCUCUGGUCCAAGGACUUCCUGACCUACAUGUGUAAAUAUUCUCUCACAAUGUAUAUUACUCUUCUUAUAAGUGACUUCUCUACUGGAUUACUGGUUGCCCAUAAACCUCAUAUUUUACUCAUACAUGUGCUACUACUCCCUGUCUCCCUACUCCAUUCUCAUUUGCUGUAAAAAUUUCUCCUACCAUCCCCACUUUCACUCACCAUCAUGCUUACCCAAAGGCUGUGGGAAUGACCUGGGCUUUAAUGCCCCUUUUCUAACUUCCCAAGGCUCACCAUUUUCCUAUUGUAAUGGUUCUUGAUCUUACAAUGUUUGAAGCACAUUUUCAAAUAUAGUCAUUUGAUUUUAGACUGAAUACUUGAAAGGACACACACACACACACACAAAUAUAUAUGUAAGUGCAUGUGACUGCAUACACACACACACACAUGCCUGUAUACAGUCAUAUGAUAUAUAUGCACACACACACACACACACACACCUAUAUACAUAAUAUGUCACUUAACAAUGGGAAUAUGUUCUGAGAAAUGCAUCAUUAGGUGAUUUUGUCAUUGUGUAAACAUCAUAGAUUGUAUUUACACAAACCUAGAUCGUAUAGCCUCCUACACACCUGGGCUACACGGUAUAACCUUUUGUUCCUAGGCUACAAACCUGUACAGCAUGUGACUGUACUGAACACUGCAGGCAAUGUUAACACAAUGAUGAAUGUUGGUAUAUCUAAACAUAGAAAAAGUGAACAUGCAGUAUGAUAAUCCUAUGAGAUCGCCAUCAUAUAUGUGGUCCAUCAUUUGGUCCAUUGUUGGCUGAAAAGUGGUUAUGAGGCACAUGAUUGUAUAUAUCCUUUCCUGUUACAAAAACAGUGUCUCUCAGUCCACAGUAAUUACAGCAUUCAGUAGGUCUUACUUUGGCCCUGGGUCACCAUUUGUGUCAAGCUGUUUAGUGCCACAUCCAAAUCUCUUACAUAACCAGCAGACAAAGCUAGCAAAUAAUUUGGCAAAACAUAUUGUUUCUUUGGCUUUGUCUUGGCAACUUUCUGUGCCUUUCAUAGCUCUUGUUUGGAGGAAGCUCAACCCAUGUCUGCACACUGUGAUACAAUGGGGACAGCAUCGACUUGCUUCUUGGUGCCUUAUUCUUCCUUAGAACAAUUCCUAAAUCUGUAACUUAAGUUUCUCAGGAAGAUUCCAUACUGCACAGAAAAACUGCUUUUAUGAGUUUUUAAAAGGCAAAUUGUUGUAUGCGCUAGAUAAUUUUUCUGUAUGACAGAUAAAAAUUGUAUAAAGUAAAAUAUUAAAGUACACCUAGAAUACUGUAUAACUAAGUUAUUUUAUAAACACAUUGCUAUUUUCUCACAGUUUCUCUUAGAAUAAUGAAGCAAUUAAUUUACUUAUACUAUGAAGAGUCAUCAUUUUAAUAUAUAUUUUAAGCAAUCCACCAAGAACUCAGUAGCCAGCUGAGAGGUGCUGUCUAGAGAGGUGGUGAUUAGGUGGGCUUUAGCUCACACACACAAAGCACAACAGGCUUUGAACUAUUCCCCAACAGGGCAUUUAUCCUUGAACUUGAUUCAGAGAGGCACAAAUUACCAUUCUCUAACUGGAAUGCAAGUAGCACAAGGCAGCGAAAACUAUGCAAUUAAGAGGCAGGUGACACAUUGGGCAAGUUUAUUAACAUCUGUGACUCUCUAGUUUGAAAUAUAUUUGUAACAGACAAAAAUGAAUCAUACAAACAAUAAAAGUAUAAU